UAGGUGUAAAAAGUUAUCUAACUGUCACAUGUUAUUUUUCAGACAACACUUGAAACACUUCAAGUUUUGUUCAGUUAUUAAGAUGCAGAAUCAGGGCUGCGACUUCAGAUCAGCAGUUUUAGUUCACUGAAAUAUUCUGGCAAAAACACACAUUAAGUUUAUCACCACCCCAUACAGAGGAUUUUCAGUUGCUGGGAACUGUUUCUGAAUGCCUGCGUUGUAGGCUGACUGUCUCUUUAAAUGUUAUACUUGCUUUUUUUCAGACACCCACUUAAAAGUAUGGCAGCGUUUCACACGAAUUGUCUGAAUCAGUUGCUACUAAAACAGUAGCAGUAAAUUAAACAUAUGUUGUGUUAAUAUUGGGAGGGUAAUACAUUAAAAAGUGUAUUUCUUUUACUGAUGUAGGGGUUUGAAUAAUAUAAAAGUCAUUUGUGGGCUCAGGUUUUCUGAGUAUCAAUUUUAGUUAUAAAUGCAGAACCACUUAGUAUGCUUCUUGCAAGGUUAAUGAUGCAUGAUAAAGCCAUUAAGGCAUAGUUCCUGCUGUUCUGUGCUCUUAGUAUGAGCAUGUACUAAAGUUUGUUACAAGUGUAAAAAAAAAAAAAAAAAGAAAAAAAAACAAUAGAAGGAGGGAGAGAGAGAGAGAGAGCGCGCGCUUCUAAAUCCACAUUAAUUGUAGCUGUCAGCAUCUUUUCAUAUACUAAGGAAACACAAACUGUAAUCCUAUGGAGCACUUCUGACAUCUAGCAACUCCCCACCGUACAUAUACACACACACACGUAUGCACACGCUUACCCUCUUAACUGCCAAGUUGGGAUUCUGUCUAUGAGAAGGGAUACAGGGGCUGAGAGCAGUGAGCAAUGCAGACAGAUGCAGAGAGCCAGGGCUGCAGUCUGACAGCAAUGUGGAGACGCAUGCAGCAUGGAGAAAGUGUUAGAGAUAGCCUGCACCAGCUUUAAGGAUACCCAGCUUUCAGAACACACUCAGCGCUGCACUGGCUCUGUGACUACUGUCAGAACAUGAUAAUGGCUUAAAUGAAAUCCACAUGCUCGCUGUCUGAAAGAAAAGAAAAUGAAAGAAUGAUGAAAACCUCUAAGCUCUAUGAUGAGUCUGGAGAAUGUCAUUUCCUAGCAACAUAAUGAUCUGAAGAUAGCAUUGAGUGAGAUGACAGUGACUAAACCUUGCCUGAAAAUGAGAGCAUCUGUUCAAACUAGUUGGAGUAUUACUUCUGUGCACUGUGUAUAACCUUCAGUGGUAUAAUUGCCAAGGAGUCUAACCCCCUGCAUUGAAACACCAGCAGUUUAAGCCUCUAGAACUUCUCCAGCACAGAGAUGAACAUCAGAAGAUGAGUUUCAUAGCAAACUUUCGAAAUGUGCUUCUAGCACUUUGUCUAAUGCUGGUUCUUGGGUUUUUGUACUACUCAGCUGGAAAGUUGCAUCGCUAUAACUGGGGUCAGGAUUCACAAUAUGACCGACUAGGUUUUCUCUUGAAGCUGGAUUCCAGACUACCGCUGGAGCUCAGCUCACAAUAUGCAAACCUUUCUGAUGGUGCUUGUAAACCUGGUUAUGCUAAGGCACGGAUGACUGCCAUCUUCCCAAAGUUCUCAAAGCCAGCCCCUAUGUUCCUAGAUCGGUCCUUCAGCAAGUGGGCAAGGAUCCAAGAUUUUUUACCCCCAUUUGGACUCAAGGGACAAGAUGGCAUCAUAAAAGGAAUCCUGUCAGAGACAAAGGAAUAUGGCAUAACACCAGCACUGGACAGCCUAAGUUGCAGACGCUGUAUCAUUGUAGGAAAUGGAGGAAUUCUGACAAACAAGUCGCUGGGAUCUAAAAUUGACGAAUAUGACAUUGUAGUCAGGUUGAAUGGUGCCCCAGUGAAAGGCUUUGAGAAAGAUGUAGGUUCUAAAACAACACUCCGACUUACGUACCCAGAAGGUGCCUUCCAGAGACCAGAGCUAUAUGAGAAAGAUUCCAUCUUUGUCCUGACUGGCUUUAAACCACAAGACUUUAAGUGGUUAAAAUAUGUUGUAUACAAAGAGAAAGUGCUUUCUGAUGGGUUUUGGAAGUCAGUGGCUACAGUUGUCCCAAAAGAACCACAUGAAAUUCGCAUCAUGAACCCAUAUUUCAUCCGUGAGGCAGCCUUUACAUUUAUUGGACUUCCUCUGAAUAACGGAAUGAUGGGCAGAGGGAACAUACCAACACUUGGAACAGUAGCAAUAACAAUGGCACUACAUAACUGUGAUGAAGUUGGAGUGGCUGGAUUUGGCUAUGACAUGACUAAUCCAAGUGCCCCACUACAUUAUUAUGAGAACAUCAAGAUGUCUGCCAUUAAAGAGUCCUGGACACACAACAUUGCCAAGGAGAAAGAAUUCCUUCGGAAAUUAGUGAAAGGCCAUGUGAUUGCAGACCUCAGCAACGGGAUCUGAAGAACACUUAUUUCUGAAUGAAGAGAAACAGAUUCUGACUAGUCACCUGGAAUUCCUCACUCAUUCUGUUGGAGAAUGAACUGGGAUAUAGCAGAUUUAUAACAAGUGCAACUUAUGAUUGUAGAGAGCAGCCAUUGCCAGUACUGGCACAGAAACAUGGCACAAAGUGGGUGUGUGUGUGGGGGGGUGACAGUGAGGCACAGAAGUUACAUUUUACUAAAUUUGUGAGGUUAACUGGAAAGCCACCUGAUUAAGUUAUUUAUUUAUUUUUUUAUUAUUAUUAUUUUAAUAAUUUAAAAGAUGGAACAGUCAACAAAAACAGAUGAUAUUGGAUGUGCCAAACAUACCUCCUGGAGAAAUUACCUGGUUAAAGACUUUAAGGCGGUUCUCCACAAAAGCUUGAAUGUACAGACUUGAUAUAUAAUUAAGACUUGUAUUUCUCAUUUUAAAGUGUUGUAUUCUACAGAGAGUAUUUAUCGGUCUCACGGUGGAAACAGUGACAUUCAGUCCUUGGAUUUAUUUAUGACUGGUGCUGCUAGCACUGAAACUGUAAGAAGGAUUUCUUUUAAAAUAUCCUGCUGGAUUUUCUCCCGCAGAGACUACAUACUGUCUUUUUUCAGCAAGCACUUACACAGGUACCCAGAUGAGAAAGACUUUGUGAUAUAAAACAGUGUUUAUCAAGGAAGAAUCGUCAGUUGAUGGAGGUGACAUCUGCAGUAUUUAGAGUGAAAGGCAAAGACAGACAUGGUGCCAGAUGUUCUAUAGCCUUGUAUUUGUUGUAUGAUCCUCAUCUUCCUUCUUUCCGCCAAGCAGUUCAUAUCUGACACUGAUUUAGGUUUGUGAGAUGGCAGUGUCACAAUCUACACCUUUAAGUCUUCUUGUUUUCAGUGUUUAUGACUCUAAACUGAUUGUUUUCAGUGUUUUUAAGACUUUUCUUAUUUUCUGUGUUUAAAACAUUGGCAUAUCAUACACAUCUUGCUCCGUAAUGUUAAUUCUGCCAAAUGACUGUGGAUAAUGGGAAGAAUAUUGAGAAAGUCUUUUCUGAUGUCAGUACAGUUAGUAACAUAGAACUCAGCAAUUUUUGUAUGUUAUGAUUAACAGUGUAAACCAGAAGUAUUACUGGUAUUUAUCUGGGGCAGAGCUUUAUGCAUUUAUUGUAAGCACUACCAGCUCUGCUUGGUCAUUCACAUUGUGGAUCUCACUGGAAGUUACAUACUGGCAUUUGCAAUUUUGGCACUGCUGCUGCUACUUUCAGUGCUGUUGCCACAUUACUCACCAUAUUUCAUGCUUCCACAGAGAGUCUCAAUGUAACAAAGAGAUGGCAAUUUGGUUUAGAAAGUAAUGUGAGCUGAUAGCAAGUUUUAUCCUGCAUUUCUGUGUUUUAUUCUCUCAGUCUACACUUAUGACCAUAAUAGAAGUCACUUAACUAAGCAGUACUCCAAAGUCACAUAGGAAAAGAAGCACACAUCUUAUAGUAGACUUGGGUGAUAAUGGAAAACACUGGACUGGAGUAAUGUGUUUGCUUGCUGCUUAGAAUUGAUAUCAGCACAUUUUGAAAGCUGCUCGCUGUUGCUGUAACAAGCUAAACCUUAUCACAAACAGUAUUUUAUAAAAAGUCAUAUCAGAAAAAGAAAAAAACAGGAAACAAGUUUAAAAAAAAAUCAGUAACUAUACUAAGUGAUCCUUCACUUGAAAUGCUAAUAUAAACACUUCUGUGGCUGUACAUUUCUACAGAGUGAACUUGAUUUUGCCCUGUCCCUCAUAAAUUGUUUGAUUUUCUGGUAAACUACUGAAAAUUACAUUUAGUCAAUGUCAGACAAUAAAACUUCCUAGUUCAUAAAAUAUGUCUUGAUUGUAAAGCCUGUUGUACUAUUGACUUCUGACAUCCAUGAUUUUGCCUCCUAUUUUUUGCCCUGUCCCUGAAAUUUUUGUUUUUUCUGGGAAAUAACCAAGGCAUUCAGUUAGUCUGUAAUGUCAGACAUUAGAGUUUAAUACUGCUUAAUGUUCAUAAAAUGCAUGAUGAUAUUCUAUUAAGUUUUUAAAUGGAUUUAAAAAAAGCUUUCCAAGUCUUACAUUGGUGUUGGUAGUGACAUAGGCAGUACAGGCAUCUUCAUUAUUGAACGCGACUUAUAUAUGGUGCAGUGUUCUCCAUUAUCACCAUAUACUUACCCUCCUUAAAGUAAAAAUAAUGCAGCUCUACUUUCCUAGAAAGUGUGUUAAAAAUUAUGGCAGUACUGUGGUACUUUUCUCUGGUAUUCUUUUGCUGAAAUUUGAGUUGUCGGGUUGCAUCACAAUGCAGAAAAGGUGUGAAUUGAAUGUAGUCAUUUAAUCCAGACAGCUUGCUUUUAUACAGUCCAUUUUUUCAUCUGGCUGUAUUCUGAAAAAAUCAUUUAAGAUUUCAUUUAUUGUGGUAAUUCUCCUGGAAGUACUUCCUGUGAUAGGUAGUGCUAAAGAACUGGAAGACGUCCUGUACAAUUAGCACACAUUCAAUUCACAAUGAAAGUAUUCUUUAACUUUUUGUUACUAGUUUGGGAGUAGCCAGCAAGACCAGAUUACAGUAUUUUAUGAAACUGUAGAGCUGUUCAGUUUACCCUUAUGAAUUUUGAACUUUUAGGUCAUAUUUUAAAGUAAAGCAGUUUAAAUAAUGUGCAUGGUCUCGUAUGAGUUUUCGUGCAGCCAUGUAAUAAUUCAGGUUUUAGAGCUGGCUAUUACUGAACCAUAUUGAGUAAUCCAGUACCAAACACUGAUGUGUCAGCAGUGAUCAGUGGUGAAUGUACACUCUGAUACUUUGCUGCUUCUUAGCAGCACUUGCAAUAUGCGCUUCUCUUCAACUGCAGCGACAUCAGAGCUAUUAGUUGGUUUGUUGUUACUCUGAGAAAUGUAAGUACAGGUGACAUGCUGACAACCACUGUAAACUAAGUCUUUGAGCAUCAGAAAAAGGACUAAAAUUCUAGUGGUAUGAGCAGUUAUCAAGAUCCUUCAUUCAGUCUCUUUUCUUAAGUUUUGUGGAGGACAUCUUGUUUUGGAUAGUUGUUAAAUAGUUGUGAAGGGAGAACAGAAUUUCAAGAACAGGCGCAUAUUUUAAUAAAGUAGAGCAGAUGUAUAACUAGAGCAGUGCUUUAGGAAAAACAAGUUUUCCUUUGUAAAAUCCUGGAACAGUUUAGAAUUAAUUAUAUUUUUGUGGUAAAUGCAGAGACAGGAUUCCUUUGUGCAGUUCUAAAAGUAAUGAUCACCCCUUACUAUUCUUAGUCUGACUAUGAAUGUUUUGUGAUGUUUUCCAGUAUAGAAAAAGAUGUUCUCUCAGCAGUCAUUUAUAUAGGCUGAGUCCCAGAGUAAAACUUGAGGUAACAGCUCUGCCUAGUAUUGCAACUAUAACAACAUAAUCUUACUGAAAGAUAAUAAAUCAAACACCUUUCUGGAAAAAAUGAUGGAAUGAUGCAUAACUGAGCAUUUUUAUUGUCUUUUACAGAUUCAAUCAUACACUAAUGCGGGAGGGGGGAGUCUGUGCAGCUGAAUCCCAAUAUGUUAUGUCUAACUCCAUGGACAGCAGCCUUCACAGAAUGAUAUGAUAAAUCAAAGCAAGUACCAUUUGAUCUACCAGCUUCAAACAAAUGGUGUCUACUUAGACUGACACUGAGGUGACACAUUCCCUUGUCUCUCUACAUGUGGUAAUAUCUAGACAUUGAACCAAGGUAGACAUCAUGAACAACACCUGUAUACCAUAGCAACUUCUCCAUAUGUAACAUCAGGGAUCUGAUAAAUUAUGUUCUGUGUAAUGUUAAACAUUGCUUGUUCUUGGUGAGCUAGUUGGAGUUCUUUAAAUGUAGACUCUGCCUAAUAGAUAUGUUUUAGCCACAGCAUGAGACACAAACUUGACAAAGUUAGUCGAAGACUAACUAUAACAAAACACAGUUGCACAUUUACAGUAAGAUGCAGGCAUUCAGCUAUUCUGAGAUAAAGAAAAUGGAGAAAAAGAACAGCUAACACUACAUUUUUCUGGCUAGAAAAGGGACAGAGUAUUCAUAAAUGCAUUCUGUGGACUGUGUUUUGUACCUUGCUGUCAGUAUCACUGUUCAUAGACAUGGAUCAUUUUACUGAUAGCUUAUAUGCAAAGGAAAGGCAGUACCUCUAAACAGGUUCAUAGUUUCAUAGGUGUUUACUAGGCUAACGACCACAAGGGCCUUUUUAAGCUUACCCAUGC